CUCGAGUUGGAAGAGGCGAGUCCAGUCUCAAAAUGGAGGGUCAUGAUCCAAAGGAACCAGAACAGUUGAGAAAACUGUUUAUUGGUGGUCUGAGCUUUGAAACUACAGAUGAUAGCUUAAGAGAACAUUUUGAGAAAUGGGGCACACUUACAGAUUGUGUGGUGAUGAGAGACCCGCAAACAAAACGUUCCAGGGGCUUUGGUUUUGUUACUUACUCUUGUGUUGAAGAGGUGGAUGCAGCAAUGUGUGCUCGACCACACAAGGUUGAUGGGCGUGUAGUGGAACCAAAGAGAGCUGUUUCUAGAGAGGAUUCUGUAAAGCCUGGUGCCCAUCUAACAGUGAAGAAAAUUUUUGUUGGUGGUAUUAAAGAAGAUACAGAAGAAUAUAAUUUGAGAGACUACUUUGAAAAGUAUGGCAAGAUUGAAACCAUAGAAGUUAUGGAAGACAGGCAGAGUGGAAAAAAGAGAGGAUUUGCUUUUGUAACUUUUGAUGAUCAUGAUACAGUUGAUAAAAUUGUUGUUCAGAAAUACCACACUAUUAAUGGGCAUAAUUGUGAAGUGAAAAAGGCCCUUUCUAAACAAGAAAUGCAAUCUGCUGGAUCACAAAGAGGUCGUGGAGGUGGAUCUGGCAACUUUAUGGGUCGUGGAGGAAACUUUGGAGGUGGUGGAGGUAACUUUGGCCGUGGUGGAAACUUUGGUGGAAGAGGAGGGUAUGGUGGUGGAGGUGGUGACAGCAGAGGUAGUUAUGGAAGAGGUGAUGGUGGAUAUAAUGGAUUUGGAGGCGACGGUGGUAACUAUGGUGGUGGUCCUGGUUACAGUAGUAGAGGAGGCUAUGGUGGUGGUGGACCAGGAUAUGGAAACCAAGGUGGUGGAUAUGGUGGCGGUGGUGGAGGAUAUGAUGGUUACAAUGAAGGAGGAAAUUUUGGAGGUGGUUAUGGAUCUGGUGGUGGAAGUGGUGGAUAUGGUAGCAGAAGGUUCUAAAAAUUCAGAAGAAAAGGGCUACAGUUCUUAGCAGGAGAGAGAGCGAGGAGUUGUCAGGAAAGCUGCAGGUUACUUUGAGACAGUCGUCCCAAAUGCAUUAGAGGAACUGUAAAAAUCUGCCACAGAAGGAACGAUGAUCCAUAGUCAGAAAAGUUACUGCAGCUUAAACAGGAAACCCUUCUUGUUCAGGACUGUCAUAGCCACAGUUUGCAAAAAGUGCAGCUAUUGAUUAAUGCAAUGUAGUGUCAAUUAGAUGUACAUUCCUGAGGUCUUUUA